UCUGGUUCGAGCCCCGGAUCCCCACUUUAAGGGGGGAAUGCUUCCAAGCAAUGAAGUAAGUCUGUAGUUGUCUUUCUCUCUCCCUCUCUGUCUCCCCCUUCUCUUUCAAUUUCUCUCUGUCCUAUCCAGGAAAAUGGAAGAAAUGGCUUCCAGGAGCAGUGAAUUUGUAGUGAUAACCCUGGAGGCAAAAAAAAAAAAAAAAAAAAAAGAUCAAGCAGCAUUGCCUUUCAUCCAUGAGCUUAUUGAUAUGUGUAAAUAAAAAAUUAAAAGGAAAAAAGCAAAACUUUGUUCUCAAAGCAGGAAUGUGAUUGAAGAAACCCUGGUCCUGCUCGCUGGUAUCCCAGGGAGAGAAAUGUCAAGCCAAAGCCCUUUCCUUGACCCCCUUCCUAGUCCAUCUCCCAGGCACCAAGUAUGGCUGUGGGAGUGGAGGCUGUGGCGCCUGCACCGUCAUGGUGUCCAGAUACGAUGUGAAGACCAAGAAGAUCCACCACUAUGCAGUCACAGCAUGCCUGGUACCCAUAUGCUCUCUGCAUGGGGCUGCCAUCACCACAGUGGAAGGUGUAGGAAGCAUCAAAACCAGAAUCCACCCUGUGCAGGAAAGACUAGCCAAGUGUCAUGGCACACAGUGUGGCUUCUGCAGCCCAGGAAUGGUGAUGUCCAUCUACACGCUGCUGAGGAACCACUUGGAGCCAAGCCCAGAGCAGAUCAUGGAAGCUCUUGGAGGUAAUCUAUGUCGCUGUACUGGAUACAGACCAAUUAUAGAAAGCGGAAAAACAUUCUGUUCAGAAUCUACCAUUUGUCAAAUGAAAGGAUCGGGAAAAUGUUGCAUGGAACAAGAAGAGAGGUCUUUUGAAGAUAAGCCAGAAAAAAUAUGUACCAAACUCUACAAUGAAGAUGAAUUCCAGCCCCUGGAUCCGUCCCAGGAACCUAUAUUUCCUCCUGAGCUGAUAAGAAUGGCAGAAAAUCCAAACAAGAGAAGGCUGACAUUCCAGGGGGAGAGGACCAUCUGGUUUACCCCUGUAACCCUAGAUGACCUUCUGGAGCUGAAAGCCACUCACCCCGAAGCCCCCCUCAUCAUGGGGAACACCACAGUGGGCCCCAACAUUAAAUUCAGAGACGAAUACUAUCCGGUUUUCAUUUCUCCACUCGGGCUUCCAGAACUGCAUUUUGUGGAAACCACAGAUGAUGGGGUCAUAAUAGGUGCAGGGAAUAGCCUGGCACGGUUGAGUGAUGCUUUACAUUUUAUCAUUUCGGAACAAUCAAAGGAGAAAACCAAGACCUACCGGGCUCUCCUGAAGCAUCUGAGAACUCUUGCUGGAGCACAGAUUAGAAACAUGGCGACUUUAGGAGGACAUGUGGUGAGCAGGCCUAACUGUUCUGACCUAAAUCCCAUUUUAGCGGCAGGAAAUGCUGUCAUCAAUGUGGCAUCUAAAGAAGGAAGACGGCAAAUUUCUUUAAAUGGCCCAUUCCUUGAGAAAUCUCCGGAAGCUAACCUGAAGUUGGAAGAGAUUGUAUUAUCUGUUUUUAUUCCCUACUCCAUGCAGUGGCACUUUGUGUCAGGACUCCGCCAGGCCCAACGUCAGGAGAAUGCUUUUGCCAUUGUCAAUGCCGGGAUGAGUGUGAAGUUUGAAGACGGCACAGACACCAUCAAGGACCUUCGAAUGUUUUAUGGAGGCGUAGGCCCCACCGUUGUCUCUGCAUGUCAAACCUGCAAGCAGCUCAUCGGGAGACAAUGGAAUGACCAAAUGCUGAGUGAGGUGUGCCGCUUGGUCCUGACCGAGAUUGACAUCCCCCCAGCCGCUGAGGGUGGCAUGGUAGAAUACAGGCGAACCCUCGUCAUCAGCUUACUCUUCAAGUUCUACCUCAAAGUGAGGAGAGGCCUGAACAAAAUGGAUCCCCAGAAAUUCCCUGAUAUUCCAGCGAAGUUUGUAAGUGCUCUAGAAGAUUUUCCCAUUGAAACCCCCCAAGGAAUUCAAAUGUUCCAGUGUGUGGAUCCCAAACAACCCCCACAAGAUCCAGUUGGCCACCCGAUGAUGCACCAGUCAGGCCUCAAACACGCCACAGGAGAAGCUGUAUAUGUUGACGACAUGCCUGCCAUCAGCCAGGAACUCUUUCUGGCCGUUGUCACCAGCACCAGGGCUUAUGCAAAGAUCAUAUCAAUUGACACUUCAGAAGCCCUAGCAUAUCCAGGUGUCGUUGAUGUGAUAACAGCUGAGGAUGUUCCAGGAGAAAACAUGACAGGGGGAGAGGUUUUCUAUGCACAGAACGAGGUCAUCUGUGUGGGCCAGAUUGUCUGCACUGUGGCUGCUGAUACCUAUGCCCAUGCCAGGGAGGCUGCUAAGAAAGUGAAGGUCGCCUAUGAAGACUUAGAACCAAAGAUCAUCACUAUAGAGCAAGCCCUAGAGCACAACUCAUUUCUUUCUGUUGAGAAAAAAAUUGAACAAGGAAAUGUAGAGCAUGCUUUUAAACAUGUUGACCAGAUCAUUGAAGGUGAGAUCCACGUAGAAGGACAGGAGCAUUUCUAUAUGGAAACACAAACCAUCCUUGCUAUCCCAAAAGAGGAAGACAAAGAAAUGGUGCUAUACCUUGGAACGCAGUUCCCAAUGCAAGUGCAGGAAUAUGUGUCUUUAGCACUAAAUGUCCCAAGGAGUAGAAUCGCCUGCCACAUGAGAAGAACCGGAGGAGCAUUUGGGGGGAAAGUGACCAAGCCCUCUAUGCUCGCAGCUAUCUCUGCUGUGGCCGCCAACAAGACAGGUCGCCCAAUCCGGUUCAUCCUAGAACGUGGUGAUGACAUGCUGAUAACUGCUGGCCGCCACCCACUCCUGGCUAAAUACAAGAUUGGAUUUAUGAAUGAUGGUGUGAUCAAAGCUGCUGAUGUCGAGUAUUAUGUCAAUGGUGGAUGCACCCCUGAUGAGUCUGAGAUGUUAGUAGAAUUCAUCGUGCUGAAAUCUGAAAAUGCAUAUUAUAUUCCUAAUUUCCGGUGCCGAGGUAGGGCUUGCAAAACCAAUUUGCCAUCCAACACUGCUUUUCGAGGAUUUGGCUUCCCUCAGGGGACAGUGGUGCCUGAAGCUUACAUCACUGCUGUGGCAGCUCAAUGCAACUUACACCCUGAAGAGGUUAGAGAGAGAAACAUGUAUAAGAAAAUCAGCAAAACAGCUUUUGGUCAGACUUUUAAUCCAGAGCCCUUGCAAAAAUGCUGGAAAGAAUGUCUGGAGAAAUCUUUAUUCACUAAGAGGAAGUUGAUUGCUGAGGAGUUUAACAGAAAGAAUUACUGGAAGAAGAGGGGCCUGGCCAUCGUCCCCAUGAAAUUUACCAUCGGGGUUCCGAUGAGUUACUACACUCAGGCCACUGCUCUAGUCCACAUCUACCUUGAUGGCUCUGUUUUGGUGACGCAUGGUGGCUGUGAAUUGGGACAAGGCCUUCACACCAAAAUAGUGCAGGUGGCGAGUCGGGAACUGAACAUUCCCUCAUCGUAUAUACACCUGUCAGAAACAAGCACAGUCACUGUGCCCAAUGCAGUCUUCACCGCGGGCUCCAUGGGGACAGACAUCUUUGGCAAAGCUGUACAGAAUGCCUGCCAAAUUCUUAUGUCCCGUAUCCAGCCAGUCAUCAAUAAAAACCCUAACGGAAAGUGGGAGGAAUGGAUUGGAAAAUGCUUUGAAGAAUCCAUCAAUCUCUCAACAACUGGAUAUUUCAAAGGCUUCCAGGUGCAUAUGGACUGGAAGAAAGAGGAAGGUGAAGCUUAUCCCUACUGGGUAUAUGGCGUAUCUGCUUCAGAGGUUGAGAUCGACUGUCUGACCGGGGCUCAUAAGCUCCUGAGAACUGACAUCUUCAUGGAUGCUGCUUUCAGCAUAAACCCUGCCCUGGACAUUGGCCAGAUUGAAGGAGCAUUUAUCCAAGGCAUGGGUUUAUAUACCAUAGAAGAGCUGAAAUACUCCCCAGACGGUGUGCUUUACUCUCGGAGUCCAGAUGACUACAAGAUCCCCACUGUCACUGAGAUACCAGAAGAAUUCUACGUCACUUUGGUGCAUUCCAGAAAUCCCAUUGCCAUCUAUUCAUCCAAGGGGUUGGGUGAGGCUGGAAUGUUCCUGGGGUCCUCCGUGCUGUUUGCCAUCUAUGACGCAGUGGCUGCUGCCCGCAGAGAGAGGGGACUGACAGAGACCUUCACCCUGAGCAGCCCCGUAACACCUGAGCUGAUCAGAAUGACAUGUGUGGAUCAGUUUACUGAUAUGAUUCCCAGAGAUGAUCCUUCAACAUUUACACCUUGGUCCAUCCAUGUGUCUUAAUCUCAACUUUUCUUAGAAAAUGCUGGUAUAUAUGUGAUCGACUUUAGAAUUUGCAGACCUGAACAGAAUGUAGGUUGGCUCACACCUCUUAAGAAUGACUUUAGCAUCUUUUAAUUAUUCUCUGGGAUUUAGGUCACUGUAUGAUUGAUGUUUAGAAUGAAAUGUUUUCACCAAUAGGUAUAGUGAAGUUCAGAAUCAAAACUUUUUUUUUUCCAUUCUUAUUAUCCCAACUACGGACCUCGCUGUACUCUAACACUCAGCAGUGUUUUCAUUCCCUGUGCCUACUCAAGAGACCACUCCAGUUUUGCUCUUCAGACCUCAGCUCACCCUAGAAACUCUUGAGGACUCAAUUCUGCAAAGCCUGUGAAGUGCUGGUAGUAACUGGCUCACCUGGGAAAUCCAUGACUCAAGGUGCUCACAAGUUUUCUCACUGUGAAUACUCUCAUCCUGGCCGAUUUGAACCCAUCUGCGUGAGGUCUCUGGGAGUGAGUGGGGAGACAUGCCUGAGGCCAGCUCAUGCUCUCCUGACCCUCAGCCCUGAGUUCCCUCACUCCCUAGUGGUGUGUCUAGACCAGAUCUAGGGAAUAAGCCAUCCAGAGGCUCCAGCUGUUUCUACCUGCCCUGAGCCCUGCACCUGUAUAGAACUUCUUCAAUGGCAAACCACAGCCAAGGUCCCUACUGUGCCCCAGUGUCUAAAGAUAAAUUCAGUGCCACCCUCCUUCUGCCAUAUCUACGAGACACAGACUCCUUAGCACUCUGUUUUAGUUACCUCUUAGCUUUUUUUUUUUUUUUUUUUUUUUUAAUGAGAGGGAUAGGAGGAGAGAGAGAAAGAACCAGACAUCAUUCUGGUACAUGUGCUGUCGGGGUUUGAACUUGGGACCUCAUACCUUGAGACUUCAACACUUUAUCCACUGUGCCACCUCUGGGAUUACCCCCUUAACUAUUUUGUAUUGUAUUUUUCUGAGGAAAUUGAGUCUUAUGUCAGAGAAGAUGUUCAGUUCUCCUAAGGUUUGAAGGCAUAAAUAAAGAGCUGAAAUCACUU